UGCUACCAUAUCCUCGCUGCCAUAUCUGCGGGCUCUUGUACAAUAACAAUGAACGUCUUUGGCGAUUUCAAUGAAAAUCACACCUUCAACACAUUCAUAAGGAUUCUGAAACUCUAUUGCUUUUAGGUUCAAAUUUAUCCCACGAGUCGACAUUUUAAUACACUGUCACAGGUCUUCAAGCAAGGAGAGGAAUCCCCAAAGGAUUGAGCCGUGGGUGUGUCUGCAAUGGCAGGUGGAAGGCGAGGGGCAAACCGCACCACUUACUGCAGACCACCACUAAGCAGUGACCCAGGCUCAGUUAGCAACAGUAACCACUCCACCAGCUCCCCGGUCACAGGGGUACGAUCUCGCACAAGGAGUGGGACAGGAGCAUGCAUGUCCAGCCCUCCAUUGGCUGCACAGACUGUGGUGCCCCUGAAACACUGCAAGAUCCCAGAGUUGUCUGUGGAUCAGAACGUGUUGUUUGAGCUGCACCUUUUCUUCUGCCACCUCAUUGCACUAUUUGUCCACUAUGUCAACAUCUACAAGACUGUAUGGUGGUACCCCCCAUCACAUCCUCCCUCACACACUUCGCUGAACUUCCACCUGAUUGAUUAUAACAUGCUGGUGUUCACAAUCAUCAUUCUGGCAAGGAGGUUAAUUGCAGCAAUUGUAAAAGAGGCCUCACAGAGCGGGAAGCUAUCGUUCCCUCAUUCCAUCUUCUUAGUGAUGGCACGCUUUGCUGUGCUGACGCUGACCGGCUGGAGUCUGUGCCGCUCACUCAUUUACCUCUUCAGAACGUAUUCUGUGCUCAGCCUGCUCUUCCUCUGCUACCCGUUUGGGAUGUAUAUUCCAUUCUUUCGCCUGAGCUGUGACUUCCGACGGGCAGGUCCCCUCUCCCCCAUCGCCAGCAUCGGCUCUAAGGAGAUGGGCAGCGUCGGCCGGGGGCGGGACUACCUGACAGUGCUGAAGGAAACAUGGAAGCAGCACACUAGCCAGCUUUACGGCGUUCAAGUCAUGCCGACCCACGCCUGCUGCCUCUCCCCGGACCUGAUCCGCAAAGAGGUGGAGUACCUGAAGAUGGACUUCAACUGGAGAAUGAAGGAGGUGCUGGUCAGCUCUAUGCUGAGUGCCUACUAUGUGGCCUUUGUCCCCGUCUGGUUUGUCAAGAGCACACAGUAUGUAGACAAACGCUGGUCUUGCGAACUCUUCAUCCUGGUGUCGGUGAGCACGUCCGUCAUCCUCAUGAGGCACUUAUUACCACCUCGAUACUGCGACCUGCUCCACAAAGCUGCAGCGCAUCUCGGCUGCUGGCAGAAAGUUGACCCCUCUCUCUGCUCCAACGUCCUCCAGCACUUUUGGACAGACGAGUACAUGUGGCCUUAUGGAGUCCUGGUCAAACAUAAUAAGAAUGUCUACAAAGCUAUGGGCCACUACAACGUGGCAGUACCAUCAGAUGUGUCCCAUUAUCGCUUUUAUUUCUUUUUUUACAAGCCACUACGAAUAUUGAACAUACUCAUCAUCCUGGAAGGAGCCAUGAUAUUCUACCAAUUGUACUCGUUGAUAUGCUCGGAAAAGUGGCAUCAGACAAUAUCACUGGCACUGAUCCUCUUCAGUAACUACUAUGCCUUCUUCAAGCUUCUAAGAGACAGAAUUGUCUUAGGAAAGGCAUACUCCUACUCAAACAGUCCAUCAGACCAGAAAGUCAGUUAGAUCCAAGUUAUUGUGGCUCAAGUGCGUUGUAUUUUUUCUACAUAUUGCAUUGUGCGUCAUUUUGCUUUUGUUCUGAUCUGCCAUGAUAAUAAAAGGAGAUAUUUUUGUAUUAC